GGCAAUGAUUAGUAUUGUGAGUCUGUGACCAUGGAUUCCAGUCGAACCUCCAUUCGCUUCUCUAAGAGGUAGUAAGGUGUUGCGUGUACUGAAGCCUCAAAAUCUAUAAAAUCCGGCAGUCAUGACCGUCUAGAUUGCUUUCCGCAUCCAUCAUCAGCCAGCUCGCAACUUCACCGACAAGAACCUGAACUUCAAGUUGUGCCCCGUAUUACACUUAUCCCCAACGACUCAACGAUUACCUAGGUAUCCCAACAGCCGCCCCCAACCACCAAAAUGGGCUUCACCUACUACUCCGGUCCCUCCUCCAACUUCCCGCCCAUGAGCCAGUGGAAGUCCUUCGAAGAGAUCUUCAACAUCAAUAAGCCGGCCAUGUUCGCCACGGGCGACACGGGCGAGGACAUUGGGCGCAUCUGGAACGCGGUGCUCGAGUGCGCAAAGAUUGGCGUCGAGGAGCGCGUCAUCUUUGCCAUCAUCAUGCAGGAGAGCACCGGCAACGUCGGCGUCCAGACGACUUACAACGGCGACGGCCAUGCCACGGCCGGGCUGAUGCAGGCGGAUGGAAGUCCCGGGUUUCCGGGCCAGCAUGGUCUCUCGCAGGACCAAAUCACCAGUAUGGUUAGGGCUGGGACGAACCAUUUCAAGCAGAACCUGAUCCAGUUUGGUAAUGCGGACAAUGCGGAUACUAUCUACAAGGCGCUGCGUGCCUACAAUUCUGGUUCGGUUGAUGCCUCGAAUCUCAGCAACGGGCUGGGAGCGACGGAUAGCUAUGUCAGCGACAUUGCCAACCGUCUGCUUGGUCGUACUCCUUAA